GGAGAGGAGCCGCAGAUGUCUCCCUAAUGCGACUCAGAGCUGGGGGUGUAGCGCCCCGGAGAGUCACCCUCUAGGACACAGAGCUGUUGCCUCACCCCUCUCGGGCCUUUGUGCCUGCCGUCCGUGGGGCUCGGAGGCCAGUACAGUGGUAGCAGUUGGACUCACCAUUGCUGCUGCAGGAUUUGCAGGCCGUUACGCUUUGCAAGCCAUGAAGAAUAUGGAGCCUCAAGUAAAACAAGUUUUUCAAAGUCUACCAAAAUCUGCCUUCAGUGGUGGCUAUUACAGAGGUGGGUUUGAACCCAAAAUGACAAAACGGGAAGCAGCAUUAAUACUAGGUGUAAGCCCUACUGCCAAUAAGGGAAAAAUAAGAGAUGCUCAUCGACGAAUUAUGCUUUUAAAUCACCCAGACAAGGGAGGAUCUCCUUAUAUAGCAGCCAAAAUCAAUGAAGCUAAAGAUUUACUAGAAGGUCAAGCUAAAAAAUGAAGUAAAUGUAUGAUGAAUUUUAAGUUCUUACUCAUUUAUGUAUAUGAGUACCAGCUUUUUAUAAUAAAAUGCCUCAAAGCUACACAUUUUAAAAAUUAGCAUAAGCUAAAUGAAAGCCUUGGUAUAAAUUUGAGGAUUUCAAAUCGGAUUAUAGAAUAUUUGUAGGUUAAUACUCAAUAAUUAUGGAUAAAUGCAUGCCAUUUGAAGUGUUCAUUACUCAUUUGUCAAAUAAUUUGGUACCUAUUUCAAGACAAGGUGAACAAGAUAGUCUCUCCCUGAAGGAAUCCCCAGUCUGAUGGGAGACUGAUAAACUGAUAAUUAAAAUACAAUGUGAAAAUAAUUAAAAUACAGUGUAAUAAAUAUGAUGGAAUUAGCACAGGUUGUUAUAGUAGGGGCUCAUAUCAUUAAGACAGGCGGCUGUUCAAGGUACAGAGGACUCCCCCAACCACUUAGAACCUUGAACUUAAAAGUGAAUUUAGCCACAACUUAACCUAAGAAAUUGAUCUAGGUAUGUAUUUAUCACUUUGUCAGUGAUAAAUCUGAAUUGUUUCAGAUUUCAUACAUUAAAAUCUGUAACAGUAUGAUAAAGAUUUGAGAAUACAAGUCUCGUUUUUAAUCGAGAAAGUAUGUACAUUUUAUUUAGCUAACCCCUUAAAAGAGACUGACCAUUUAUAAACUAAUUGGUUAUUUUUUUACGUAAUCAAGUUUCACAUUUGUUAAAACACAAUUAGUGAAACUGAAAAGCUCUCCGUUAUCAAAAUAUAACUAAGGACUCGAGAAUUCAUACACUGAUAUAUUUAAAUGACAUUUCAGGGUAAAGGGCUAUUGGUCUAACAAAAAAUAUGUAAGGAUCAUAACCAGAGGACCUACCUAAAACACCUGAGGUUAAAAUAGCUAUUUUGUGGUCAGCCAGAAUACUUAAUUUUCAGUUCUAAGAUGAUAAGUACUACUACCUACAAUCUAAACUUUCUUAAAUCAUCCUAAAGUUCUUAUUAAUGGGGAACACAAAGAUUUUCAAGGUCAAAAUAAUGGAGGUGGUCAUAUUUAGCACUGGAAUGUGUUUAGGGACAUGUCAAAAUGGAGGUAUAUCUGCUUUUAUUUUCCAUCCCAUUUCCUCAUUCAAAAUCUGAUCAAGUUCAUUUGUCAUAUUUAGAGUAUGACGAAGCACUUGGCUGUUUCCAGGGGCAAGGGGGUAUGAAGGUACAGUUGAUUCUUGUUGUUCAAAGUAGUUGUGUUCUAUAAAGUCACUGAGAAUACUAAAUUAGUGAAUCCUGAACCACGGUUCCUAGGGGUUUCCUGUGAGCCUCUGGUCACAACACUUUUGUCAACCAGUGAAUAUAUAACCUUGUUUACAAGUGUUUCUGUUUAAAGACAUCUUAUUUAAUAUAUGUUGAUUCAUUAACAUUAAAUUCACAGCCAAUAACAUUGUAACUCAUGCCAAUCCAUCACAGCCUUCUUGCAUUUAGGAACCCUAGGCAGCAGCACUUCACUAUGCUUGGGGGCCAUCUUAAACAGUGAAAUCACCAAUAAAAAGGACAAAAAUGCAAAAAA